AUAUUUAGAUUUUGGGCAGCAAGAUUAGGUAUGUUGAUGAAAUUGUAGAGUUGAAUAAAUGGGGAGAAGUGGGUCUGAGACUUGUUAAUUGACACUGCGAAUAGAAACUUGGGCGGCAUUGCCCAAAAUCUUGUCUUCCAUUGAUGAUGCCUCGUCUCUAAGCCACCACAAAUGGAAUAUAUAUGCCGCCAUUGACUUGACUUCGCCGGAAUUUGAUGGCCCUCAAGCUCCGGCUCUGCUUCCUCAAUCAUGUCGUCACGUGGUCUCUCAUCAAUUUCUUCCUUCCGGUCAACAUGUCGUCCCUCGUCGCCGCCCAGGACCCCGGAGGAACCCCACCCAGCCCGCCGGACAUGUACCCCUUCAGGCAGACCAUCAGCAAACGAAUGGCCAUCGUUUUAAUCGUCCUGGUUUGCUUCUUCAUCGUCCUCGCCGUCCUCUCCGUCUACACGCGCCAGUGCACCGAUCAGCGCUUCGGCGGCCGCCUCGUCCUCUCCGGUCCCGGAGUACAGAACAACAGCCGAUCCAGGAGGGCGGCGCGUGGGCUCGACGCGGCGGUCAUCGCCACGUUCCCCACCUUCGUGUACUCCAACGUGAAGGGCGUCAAAAUCGGGAAGGGGUCGCUGGAGUGCGCGGUUUGCUUGUCGGAAUUCGAAGACGAGGACACCCUCCGACUGUUGCCGAAAUGCAGCCACGUGUUCCACGCCGAUUGCAUCGACGCGUGGUUGGUGUCUCACUCGACCUGCCCUGUUUGUCGCGCCAGUCUGGUCCCCAAACCGGGGGACGUGUCGUUCGCCGCUCUCCUCAAUUCGGAAUCGAAUGAGGGAAAUCGCGUCGGUGGAUCGGGAAAUGGGGAUGUCAUUCUUGGAAUUCCGGAGGAGAAUCGGAAUCAGGAUCAGGAUCAGAAUCAGAAUCGAGGUUUAUUAAGUCCGAAUCAGAACGUUCCGUUGCGAUCCCGAUCUUCGGGAUGGCGAUUGAGCGGAUUGUUCCCACGAUCCCAAUCGACGGGGCACUACGAGCGGUUUACACUGAGGUUGCCGGAGGAGGUACGGAGCGAGCUGGUGAAUUCGAAUUUGAAUCGUGCGAGGAGCUGCGUGGCGUUGCCGAGGAUGCAGAGUUCGAGGCAGGGGUACAGGGGUGAGAAUGGAAAGAGCCUGUUCGUGAGUAGCCGGAGCCGGAGCCGGAGCGGGGGGUCGGAGAGGCGGACGUUGUUUCCGACGACGGCGUUUUUUAGAAGGGAGGAUGGGACUGAGAACGGAGACGCCGGUGGACGGCCGUUCAAUCGGUUGCGGGAUGCUGAAGCUGAAGCUGAUGGCGAUGGUCAAAGUCAACGAUAACGUAGGCGGCUGUGCGUAUGUCUGGCUUUUUUUUUAGAAAAGGAAAAAGAGAGAGAAAAAUAGGUAAUGAUUGAAUGUCAAUUUUUUAUUGGGAAAACGGUCAAAAUUCAUAGGUUGAGUGAUUGAUCCCAUUUGAUUGGCGCAUGGCACAGGCAUAUUCCAUAUACUGGACGGAUUCGCUUUUCUUUUUUUCUUUUUUAUUUUUUGGGGAGGUGGAAAAAGGUAUUUACAUGAUGUAUAUAUGAGUGGUUAUUUGUUCAAAAUUACAUGUAAAGAAACCAGAGCUUUUAGAAUAUUAAAUCAUGGAAAAUAAUAAGGAAUCCCAACAAAUGCCUGUA